GUGGUGGAGUCGUACUGUACACACCAUGGGGAACUUUACCUUCAUAGCUGCUUUACUCUGCACCUUCAGUUGGAUCUCUGUCUCAGUUUCUGAGUUUCUCAUUGUGGAGGUUCAGCCUGCUCAAGAAGUCACACUGACAUGUAACAACUAUAGUAGUUUGGCCACAAACAUAUUCUGGUUCAGGAUGACCAAUGGAUCCAAUAUGAGCUGCAUCUCGUAUAUGCUCAACUCUGAUAGCAAAGAUUUGCUCUGUGAUGGAUUUCAAAAUGGGAGCUUUAUAAUGACAUCCAACCUCACAAACCUCUUUCUGAAGAUCAAAAGUGUGGAUGUAUCUGACUCUGGACUCUACUUCUGUGGAUGUUGCAUGGACAAACUCUCAGCAUUUGUCAGUCCAACAUAUUUAAAGGUUCAAGACAACAGUGAAUCUGACGAUGACAUCGACUGCACAUCUCAAAAAAAGUCUGAUGGAAACACAACCCUGAUGGGUGUGAUUCUGGGUGGUCUGACUGUUUUCCUUGUGAUGGUCAUCAUUGGUUUGGGGGACAGCAAGCCCUCUGAGCUUAUGGAUAGAAUGCUGUAUCUCUUGGGGGAACACAAGCCCGACUACCUAUUCGUCCAGCUCUUCUUGAGACAGCUGCCUCCGCAGAGUUCACUGCAAUGGCAGUGUCAUCCUCCCAACGCGCUGAACAAUGUCAGUGUUUUUACCAUGCACCUGGCUGGUAAGGUCAUCUUUUCCAAGGUGGACCUCGUCCAUGGCUAUCACCAAGUGCCCAUACAUCCCUUGGAUGUCCCUAAAACAGCCAAUAUCACCACUUUCGGACUGCUUGAAUUUCUUAGAAUGCCGUUUGGCCUCAAGAAUGCCACCCACUCGUUCCAACGCCUUAUGGACUCUGUUCUGCGUGACCUGCCUUUUCUUUUUGUAUACCUGGAUGACAGUUUGGUGGUGAGCACUUCCACCUCUGAACACCUGUCCCACCUGCGGACUCGCUUUGAUCGUCGCAGUCAGCAUGGACUGAUUGCCAACCCAUCUCAGUGCCAGUUUGGGCUGACCACUAUUGACUUCCUGGGACAUCAAAUCAACAAAGAUGGGGCGUUUCCACUACCGUCUCAGGUGCAGGUGGUGUUGGAUUUCCCGCAGCCAGUUACGGUGUGGCCACUGCAGAAGUUCGUGGGAAUAGUGAACUUCUACCAUCGCUUCAUUCCCAAAGUUGCCACCUUCAUGCGCACGCUACAUGAGGCUUUAAAAGGCAGAGCUCUGAAGCACUUGGUGGACUGGUCUACAGAGAGAGUUGCUGCUUUCACAGAUGCCAAGACCGCUUCAGCCAAUGCUACAAUGCUCGCACAACCAUCACCUGGGGCCCCCAUCGCAAUCACUACGGACGCCUCAGACUGUGCUGUGGGCGAUGUGCAUGAGGGCCUCGAGCCAGUCCACCUGGAUUUGGACAGACCUGUGGGCUUGCCCAGUUCCCACAAUGGGGGUGUCUUCCAGCCAGAGCUGGAUCCCCUUCUGGCCUCCUAA